GCUUUUGCUUUAGUAGUCAAGGCUACAAAACAAAGUUGCAGGGGGGCUAUAUAGCUUUAGAAAACAGCUGGGUUUUCUUUCACUCUUCUCUCUCUCUCUCUCUUAACCGUCUACAUGCGCUACUCUUAAAUCAGCAAAGUCUUAAAGGUGGAUGUUUGAGGGAGCACCUUUUCCUUUUUCUCAUCGGCUUCAGUUAAAGUAGAGGGAACUCUGGUGUUUUCCAUGGUUAAAGCGGGUUUAUAGCUCAAUUCCACAGUUACAGUUUCUUCUUUUGGCCUCUCCUAUUUCCUUCUUCUCUGUCUCUCUCUCUUCACUCUCUCUUUCUCUCUCUCUCUCUCUCUCUCCUCUUCUGUCCAAAUAAUACAGAGGGUUCGUCUUCUUUCAUUCUAUUUCUGUUCCAAUAUUAUUUUUUUUUAUUGUAGGUUUUGUUAAAUUUCCCGUUUAAGAUUGGAUUUGAUUGUGCAAAAGUCGAAGGUUUCAAAAAAUUUAGUUUGUACAUGUAUCUAGUUGGUUGUUUCUUCAAAGUUUGCCAACUUGUUACUUGGUUAAUCUCUUAAUAUCACAAAAAAAAAAGAAAACUUUUAGUUUCUUCGUAUUGAAUUUCUCUGUUGUCAUAGUGUUUCUAAGUCUUCUUCGAAAACCAAUAUUGUUUUCUUUUCUCGUCCUCUGCACCAUCAAAUCUCAGUUUGGGCUCAAACUCCAUAUUUCUAUUGAUUUGUAUGCCUUCAAAUCGGAAUUCAGAUGAUAUUCAUUUCUUGCUGCUAUUUUGGCGAGUUAGAGAAAUAGAGAACUGGAUCAGGAGGACCUGAAUGAAUGGACUGUGACAGAAAGAUGAGAAUUUCGUAACAGCUGAGAAGAAGAAAAACGGUCUCUAGUGUAUGUUAAACAGCCAUGAAUAAGACUCACAUAGGUUCCGUCAGCAGUUCUGAUCUUAUUGACGCGAAGCUUGAAGAGCAUCAGAUGUGUGGAUCCAAGCAGUGCCCAGGUUGCGGACACAAGCUGGAACGAAAACCGGACUGGUUAGGUCUUCCAGCAGGGGUGAAAUUUGAUCCAACAGAUCAAGAACUGAUCGAACACCUUGAAGCCAAAGUUGAAGGCAAAGACUCCAAAUCUCACCCUCUCAUAGAUGAAUUCAUUCCUACAAUUGAAGGUGAAGACGGAAUUUGUUAUACUCAUCCAGAAAAGCUUCCAGGAGUCACAAGAGAUGGUUUGAGCAGGCACUUUUUCCACAGACCCUCCAAGGCCUAUACUACAGGAACGAGAAAGAGAAGAAAAAUUCAAACUGAAUGCGAUCUGCAGGGCGGUGACACCCGGUGGCACAAAACAGGCAAGACGAGGCCUGUAAUGGUGAAUGGCAAACAAAAAGGGUGCAAGAAAAUUCUGGUCCUCUACACCAAUUUCGGCAAACAUCGGAAACCCGAGAAAACUAACUGGGUCAUGCACCAAUACCACUUGGGUCAGCACGAAGAAGAGAAAGAAGGAGAACUCGUGGUGUCGAAGAUAUUCUAUCAGACACAACCCAGACAAUGCAAUUGGUCAGACCGGAGUGCAACCACCGGUGAGGGCAGUGGUGAACCUCAUCGCAGAGACAGUGGUAGCGGGAGCUGUUCUUCUUCCAAGGAUGUUAGCGCCCAAAGAGAUGAAUUAUCCGGUGCUGGGUCUGUAAUUUCGGCUUACAGUGCCAUGGAUAUUCAACAAAUGAAAUCUGAUCAUUUUAGCUUCGGCCCAUUCAGGAAAAGCUUCGAUGAGGUAGGGAUGGGAGAAGCUUCAAAGGCAAGAGAAGUCACAGCAGCUCGCACGUGCGAGGAGCACGAUCAUCAAGGCCUACAUCAGAUGACCCAUGAACAACAUCAACAUCACCAUCAUCAGGUGGCCACGACAGCCUUCCAUGUCAGCAGGCCUUCGCUUCCUCUCUCUACCAUCAUCUCUCCUCUCCAUCACACUUCCAUUGUUCUCGACGAAGACCCUUACCAUGUCUCAAGAAUAAUCCUCCAAAAUCAGCAGUAUUACCAGCAGCAGCAGCAACAUAAGCUGGGAGGAAGGUCUGCAUCUGGUUUAGAAGAAAUGUUGUUGGGUUGCACUUCAACAGACAUCAAAGAAGAGUCAUCCAUCACAAACCCACAGGAGGCAGAAUGGCUGAAGUACUCCUUCUGGCCAGACGCUGGCAACCCGGAUCAUCAUGGGUAGGAGCAAAUAUAUAUAAAGGAAAUAAACAAACCAAAAAUCCCUAACAGACAACAUCAUGAUCAUCACCAUCAAUACCUAAAAACCCUGCAGCACUUUUGGAGAAGAAGCCAAUAACCCUUAUAGGGUAUGUUCUUUUUCUUUCUUUUCUAGGUGGUAGGAUGGGACUGAUGAAUGAGCAAAACUAACUGUACAAUAAUCAAUGCGGCAAGGAAAGAAAGAACAAAUGAAGAAAAAAAAAAAAAAGGGAAAAGAGAGCAAGGCUGCUCUAGGUGACAAUAGAUGGAGAACCAAAGACCCAAAGCAAAUCAAUCAUGCAUGAAAAUCAUCACCAUCAUGAUUAUAAGAUCAUCUUUAUUACUAUUCUUACUAUUCAUUUUAUUAUUUUAAUUUCUCUGUAUAAUUUCUUUUCCUUGUUUUCAUACAAAAAACCGAAGGAGUUUGUGCAAAAGAAACUGUCUGCUGGUUGUUGUGUUUGUCACUUGUCUAAUGCUAUAUAGAUUACAGAAGGUGGAGUGUUAAUUUUCUUUUUUCUUAAACUUCUUUCUUACCUACCCAUAGGAUAUGACUUGGGUCCAUUUCAUUUCCACUUUCGAGAAUUGAGAUCUAUAUUAUUUUUACUUGUUUAUUUCAUCUCUGCGUCGCUUUCUCCACAUCUUUCCAUAUGCAAGGGGAAAUGUGGGGCACUCUUUGUUUAUGGUUGCUGUAAUGAAUUUUGUUGCAAAUAAUACUCUAGACAGUGAAAAAGGAGAGUUCUCAUGAAUGGUAUGCUACUAUGUGACUACUCCAAGGUUAUACCAUUAGCCUGGGACCCCUCAAACCUCAAGUUUAAACAGAUCAGACGGCUGGGAGCUCUUACACAAAUAACAUUUUUUUUUGUUCAAGCGCUUUUAGAAACAUUAAUGAUU